GUAAGUUUCCUGUUUUCCCUUUGUUUUAUGCGAUUAUGCCUCUCUUUUCAAAGUUGGGAUCUCGUUUGCGCCGAGCAGUGGACGCGCGACGCGUCUACCAGGAGCAGAGUUUGGAGAGAGUGACGAGUUCGAAGUCGGAAUCUGCUUCUCAUUGGCGGCCGGCGCUGCCGCCUAUAUUGGAGGAUAGUAAAGGGGCUCGGUUGCCGGUGAAGAAAUCCGGCGAAAAGAAGAAAACGUCCAGCCGGCAAGUCCGAUCUGUGGCCAAAUCGUACGGAAGAGAUAGUUACUGGAGGAGCUCAACAAUGGUGGCGAUGCCGUUCUUUGCGCCGAUGCCGUUCAUGUUUUGAAGGCCAAAUUUGGUAAUACACAGUUCGCCGGCGGAGGAUCGAAGCCGUCGCCGAAAUUAAUAUAAAUAUAAAUAUCAAUUUUGUACUUUCAUUUUUUUUUUAAAUAUGUAAUUGGUGUAUAUAUAUGGAAUAGCGUAUGUUUGGUGGCCCAA